AUGGCUGCAAAUCCGGCAGAUCACCCUACUGCCAGAGAUGCCUUGGACUAUGCUUGGCUGAUACCAAUGCUGCAGGACGACUCGCAGCCCGACCCAGAUCAAACUAAUUCAGCUACUCAAGAUACAAUUGAGGCUACUUUAAAAUCACAGACAUUAUCCGCCACUCAAGAUCUGCUCUCGGGGGAGAUUGACUUCAUACCUGAUGCCCCAAGGAAACAUAGGUUCAGAACAGAGAGGGCACAGCAAAUGCGAACCAGUCUGGGUAUCGACGGUGACACAUACAAGCAGCUCAUCCGACGCAGCUCCAAUCCCAAUCUCCGACCUCUCAUACGUAACCCCCGUGCCAAGGAGUCCGACUUCGAGAUGCCCGAGCACAAGUACCAGGAAUGGCUCAGACCGGUUUUCAGAAAAACCUAG